CCAAUGAACGCGAGCGUUGUCAUUGGGAUCUCCUUAUGUACAUACAUACAUAUGUAUGUAUGCAUGAACUCAUGUGUGUUUUUAAAGUCACAGCUGUUUUGAUGCUUCGAAAAGAAAGUGUUUUGUUUAAUAUUUUUCUCUCGUUUAACAAUUGAACUUUUAGCUUUAUUACUGUUUAUCUUUUGGAAACAUUUAAUGCGUAUUAUAUUAUAAAUAAUCCCCAAUACGUUAACAAUUAUCUUUGAUAAACAAACACAUGCACAGUACACAUUUAAUAUAUGUAUGUACAUAAAUUUGUAUUUAUGCAUGUGUAUAAGGUUAGCUAACUAUUGGAACAAAAGAAAUUUCAUUGUGGCGGACGUCAAUUUGCGGCCGCUGCGCACAUCAAGGUCAAUUCAUGCACGACUUCGAAUUAUUAUCAAAAUUUUUUAUUAAUAGGAAUUAAGUUCAACAACUUGCAAAAAAAAAAAACGCAAACAAAUUUCAGCGACAAUAAGUAUACAUACAUAUGUACAUAUCUAUGGUAAAGAAUCUAAAAUACACAUAAGAAUGUUUGUCAACAUGAAAGCUUACGAACAAACGAUUCAAACACGGCAAUUCAUUAUACUGAUAACAGCUACUUUGUUAAUAAUAAUUUUAAUAUUUUUUUCAGCCGCUUAUCUGCUAACCGGGUUUUUCAAUUACACUUAAAACGAAACCGUUAACGGCUGCCGGCUGUUUUAUUUUUACACUACUACUGUCUGCUGCAAAAAUAUACUUACUAAAAAUACAUAUACAAACAUAUGUACAUAUUUACGUUCAGGAUGUGCAAAAAACUAAUCAAAUUCAGGCAAUCAUCGUUCGCGGCUUACAAUCCAUUGAAAUCCAAUCCGGGGCCUAUAUAAUAUACAUAUUUGUACUUGGCGGUAUACUAGUUGAUGAUGGCGAUGCAUGCGGAAAAUAUCACGCAAUAACUAUAAUAUACCACCGAUGAGAUUCAAACCUAAUUGAAUGAUUUUUGGAGUUUAUACCUGCUCUCAUUAUGUUCGACCCUAUAGAAAUUUCUAUAGUACUUCAACUUUCUAUAUGAAUUGCUGAUGACUUCGGAGUACUACUUGGUGAAGUGUUGUUUAACAUUUGACACAUUUUGUGCAUGUUUUGCUACAGCAUUAGACAUAAUUUUCGAAACUACCACCAUCACUGGACGCGCCAAUGUUGCCAAGGCGACUUACGCUUCCUUCGCCUUGUUCUACAUAAUACAUCGCUUACGCAAACGCUCAAAGACUGCGACGCAUUGCACCGAUUGUGAGUGUAAGAAUUGUCACGACGGAAAAACUGCAACGCCAGAUCAAUAUGAGAGAGAUGCCAGCGGUAGCGCGUGCGAUGUUGAGACUUGGCGACGCGCAAUUGACGCAAAUAAGUCAACAACAAAUACUGGUGGUACUGUUGGUAAUGAAGAAGGCAUUACGGUGAAUACAGUUGAAGUGGCAGAUGCAGGAAGUGCCACUAAACGCGAAGUACACAUUUUAGGGCCCGUAAAAGCGUAUAAGCAGCAGGCAAAAAUGAAAUCCUGCGAAGCCGAUAAUUAAUCGAUAUUUAUACAGAUUUUUUUUUUUUACAUAUUUUUUAUGAAUUCAAUAUUUUUUCGAAU